AUGUCCGGCCGGUUGGACUCGACUCGAGCUAUAGAAGGUGCCACUGGGUCUCCGGAUUUGUUACUGUUGAAACUCGCGGAUGGAGCUUUGAGGCCGAGCCCAAAGAAGGAGAGAUGUGCGGCUCAUCUACCUCUCGGAACCGAAGCUGAACCACCGACGUAUCGGUUUACCGAACGAACGAGCGGAGAGUUUCCGAACUGUUCUCUCCUUCUUUUCUCCCAAACAGGCCCGAAGUAA